ACAUGAAAUGAGGCUUGAAUGUUUAUUAUGUAAUUAUUAUUAUUUAUGUAUAUCCGCUACUCACUUUUGCGAUAUAUGUAUACAAACAAGAGAACGUUUUCAAAGUCAAGUUCAACUUUCUCUCCAUGAACCUAUUAUGUUCACUUUAAUUGCAAGUUUAUUAUUCAUACGACAACAGAAUGAGAACACAAUUAACGAAAGAAAGUUUAUGUCUGCUCCAAAACGGCUUCAUUUUUCGUUUACCUACUUUAUUUUUGAGAAAUAAAAAGAGCGAAUGAAGUCAUGUUAAUAAAAAUAAAAGAUUGGAAUAGACCGAAAAUAUAGGUAAUCUACAAAAAUAGAAUUAAUUCUAGCAUUCCUCAUUCUAUUAAAAUUUUCAAUAAUUAUGUACAAAGCAUCCCCCACCCUACCGACUUGAGGUAAAAUUAACAAAAAAAGAUUUUUUAAGGAACUCAUUCUUUUGGUCAAAAAUUCACAUUCAAAGGUAGAAUGAAAAAUUAAAUUAUCUUAAAAACUAAUAGUUAUCGGUUAGGGUAGCACAUGGCAAAAUCGAUCUCAAAUGAGCUCUCCUUUAACUCCUUCAAGGGAAUGUAUUAAAUUUCUUGUAAUUCUGUCCUUUUUUCUUGAAUUUUCUCUAUUGACCCAUACAACCAAGAUAUAAGAUAACUCAACCCCUUUCUUUGUUCUCUUCGAGUAGGUAUACUUACGUAAUUUCAUUGUAUUAAUUUGUAGUCUUUGUAUGAGAAAUAUUAGCAGAGCAAUGAUUACAAAGGCCAAUUCGAAUAUAGUUAGUAAGAAAGAUGGAAAUGCUUCAAUUUUGGAGAGGAUAUUAAAAAAGACUGGAAGCAGCAAAACUGCUGCAGUUUUAGCAUUAGAUCUACUUCUCGUUGGAGUGGACACAACGUCGAUAGCAGUAGCUUCAACCCUGUAUCAGCUAGCAAUCAACCCUGAAAAACAAGAAAAACUAUUUAAAGAGCUUAAUGAAGCACUCCCUGAUUCGGACACUGCAAUUAACGAAGCAGCUUUGGAAAAGUUUCAUUAUUUAAAGGCAUGCAUUAAGGAAACAUUAAGAAUGUACCCUGUAAUAAUUGGAAAUGGACGAAGUUUAACUUCUGAUACAAUUAUAGAAGGAUAUAUGGUACCAAAAGGGACGCAUGUUAUAUUUCCGCAUUUGGUUGUAAGCAAUAUCACAAAAUAUUUCAAAAAUCCUAACGAAUUUUUACCUGGCCGGUGGUUAAAAUUGAAAGAC